AGAUCGAUUGAGGCGUUGUCCGGGCACACCAAACUCCAGAACCUCUGCACACCUUCCUAACAGGUCUAUGGUUUAGAUGUGAUCAUGGCUGCAUCCGUAGUCGACUUACCCGUCCGAAUUUACUUAACGUUACGACCCUGAUUCAACUACAUGUCGGUCGGUCUUUACUGCACAACCGUUGUGCUUUGCAGAGCAGUUGAGAGUCCGCUAUGGAUCGGGCAGUUUUAGUCGUUUUUAAAUGUUUUAUCAAUGUGCAGAGUGUUCGUCGAUGCACAUUCAACGGUCAAUACCAUGGAUGAACGUAGGAAAAGGUUAACUCGCAGUUUAUACGCACCUCGGCGCUGCAACACUUGUCACAAAAUGGUCUACUUUACAGCCGUCAGAUGCAAACAAUGCGGCAAUAUCAGUCACGAGACUUGCGCCAACAGUCCGAAUCACUGGUGUAAUGUUAACAAUCCCAGCACGAGAAGGAACAGUCAUCAAACAUCGAGCGGUGAUAGCAGCUGGAGUCAGUUCAGCACGGAUACGUUGGAGCUGGAUAGAGAAAAGAUGCCCGAAGAUUGCAGCAAAAAAUCUGGAACGGGAGCAAGCAGCAGCGCGGCAACGGCGUUAUCUGGUUUGUUGAAAGUAGUGCAUUGGUUAUCUCAACGAAAACGAAGUAGAGAAAUGAGCAAAGCUAACGCUGCCGAUAAACAUGUCAAGGGCCGAUUCGGUUUAAAUCAGGAGAAGAUCGACGAUAAAAUGGCAAAGAAGAGAUUGAAGACGCUGUUGAAAAACGUUCAACGCUUUCAACCGCCGAAUCAGUGUUCUUGCAAUUGGCCUCACGUGGGACCCGUGUGUUUGGUUCACACAGAUAGUUAUCAGAAUUUCUUUGCCUCACCCAGCGGUUCUUUAUCGUCGAGCGGCUGCGUUUCUACCGCUUCUUCCGCUGCACAAACACCGUCAGACACAGAGGGGGAUUUUGGACGUCUGACCUCCUCCGUUUGUCGGACUCAGGAAAGGCUCUCUCAGCUUCCGGAAGUCGGUUAUCGUGCCGUUCCCUCUGUAUCUUCUCCACCUUCGAACGUUGCCACUACCCACUUUAGAAAAGGAAGUGGGAUGAAGAGUCGUGCCCAAAAUCUCAGCGUGCACGGUAGGUUCGGACGGCAAUGGAUGACAAAAGCUAGAACGUUAAGCCUGGAAACCAAAGGUUCGCCUAUAGAACGACUCUGUGCCACCUGGCCUCCCGCGGGGAAGACAGUUAGCACCGUUGAAGAUUUUCUAGACGAUACGGAAUCUGGGAUUGGAGAUUGUGACGUCUCGGAAAUAUCUGCCAAAUCUCAAUGCGCUGAUGUAAGAGACACGUUGGGAGAAUGGUGCAUUCCUUUCGGUGAUCUGGACAUCAUCGAGAAGUUAAAGCAAGAUCAUAAUGGAGACAUAUACAGGGGUAGAUGGCACGGAGAAGUGCUUAUUUAUACUUUUAAACAAGAAACGGAGGAAGAAGUCGGGCAGUUUCUCGAAGAAGUAGCACAAUUAAGUAUGAUACGUCACGAGAACGUGGUUUUGUUUAUGGGGGCUUGCAUUGAUCCUCCUCAACUGGCUAUAAUCACUAGUAUGAGAAAAGGGCCUUCUCUGUACGAACAACUUCAUUUGCAGAGAUACAGGUUACCAUUCUACAGUAAAGUCAGUAUUGCCAGACAAAUUGCUCAGGGAAUGGGUUAUUUGCACGCUAAAGGAAUAGUGCACAAGAAACUUAACUCCAAAAAUAUCAUUUUAGAAGGUAGAGUGAAACUUUGCAUUAUGGACCAGGCUAUGACUUCUCAGGAGAACGACAGACCGGGAUACGGAAGUAUAUCCAGGGGUCAUCUGACUUACAUAAGUCCUGAAUUGAUGAGGACACUUCGGGUCGAUCCUCCUCACGUUUAUCCCGAAGCUGCUUUUACUCGCGAAUCUGAUAUUUAUGCAUUUGGAUCCGUGUUAUACGAACUAUUAUCAGAGAAAUUCGCAUUUUCCAGUUUUCCUUCUCAUACAGUCAUCUGGUUAAUAGCAAACGGCAGAACUCAAAUGGUGGACGACUUAAAAUGUACAAAUGUAUUGAGAGCACUAUUGAUAGAGUGCUGGUGUGCUACCCCUCAACGUAGACCACCAUUUUCUUAUAUAGCAAGACAGUUACAAGAAAACGUUUCGCUUCAUAAACGACACAGUUCUUCAGAACCCGAAAGAAUUCAUCAUACUGGUCGUGGUAUAAGUGUUUAAGAAGGCAGCAAUAAAACUGUAUCCACGAAUAAGAGAAAUCAAAUGUGGUGUGCCUAAAGAGAGAUUUGAUUUUGCAUUCAAAAAAACAAGAACUUUCCCAUUUCUUUCUUAUUUGGAUCAAUCGCCUCUCGUAUGUAGAUACUUCAAGGGCACCAUUUCAAAUCAUCGAGCUUCAUUCAUCUUUUGGAAUGAUUGUGGACAACUUUUUAGUAAAGGAUGCAUUCUUACAUAGAAAACAUCGAAUUACGAGCGAGGAUCGGCAUAGAUUUUUUGACUCUCCGAGUUUAGUUAGCCAUUUUUUGGCAUUUAGAGACAAAACUAACGCGAGUUUUAGCGAUUCACUUGGAGCAUAUGAAGAAAGACACGGUGCAAUGGUGCCCUUUGAAGAUUGAGUAUCAGCUGUUUCAGGCUGUCUUUUUGCCUUGAUCGUUGUUAAAAAACAUAUAAAAAAAAAANAA